AUGGCGUGGACCAGCGAGGCAGCCUUCUUUGCCAACUAUUACCCUAUUUCCGCCGCCAUGCAGGGUGUGGCCGGUAGUGAAGCGCCAGACUGCUACGGAACCAACGGAGUCCACAACCCUCUUGAUGGCCUCGCCACACAUGGUUGUGUGGGCGCCGACUCGGAUACGAAAUCUACUGAGCAACAGCAACCGGACCCGGACGUACAGGGGCCCUUGCUCCGCAAGAAACGUGGGAGACCAAGGCGAACCAAAGAGAACCCGAACAAAGGAGAACAGCAAAAGCUCUUGGGAAAACGCCGGGAACAACUACGUAUAGCCCAGCGGAAGUUUCGAGAGAAAAGAUACAUGGAAAUUUCCGGACUUCUCGCACGUAAUAACCAGCUAGAAGCGACAGUGGAGAGCCUGACUACUUCGAUAACUUCUUUGGGCGAAGCUCUCGCCCAAUCAGACGUGCUAGUAAGCGAUGAAGACUUACAUGGACGGUUGUCGGAGACGAUUGGCAAGUGUAUUUCCCUUGUGAGCAAUAAUGGAGAGGCCACAAACACACGGCGUGUGGCUGCAGUGAACCCUCAGUUGGAACUAUCUCUGCCUCUAGACUUCUUCAUCAGGCCCUGCCCUGUCUUCAGCGUUUUACCACUCUUGGAGAACGACUUGGCAGAAAAACUCAAAAAUCCAGUACCAGUUUCGGGUAUUAACUACCAGGAACUCAUAGACAUAUUGGAUGCCGCUCUGGUCUUCUCUGCUUAUAUGAAAGUAGCGAACCCGAGCAUCUCACUACAAAGAGUACAGCAUUACUUCCACCUCGCCCUUACCAUUAUGGACCGCAACCGACUCAAAUCAUACUAUGCCACUUUAUUCCACAGUAAACUAACCAGGCAACCUACUCUGUUUAUAAACGACAAUAUUCCCUUCUUGCAAGUAGGAGGUGCUGGAACCCAUUACGGUGAUACUAGGCCUCAACCUUUAUCUCACACUUCUUCACACUCGCCAACUAUUUUCAAAAGAGCAGAGCCUUCCGUGAUAACUGCGGCCCCUCUGCAAAAGGUCCCACCUGCCUGGGCAGCACGACUGGAUGGUACAUGGUUUGAUAUUACAGACUUGGAAAUGUUUCUCAAGGCAAAACAAGUCAGCCUCCAUAGAUGUCAACGUGCACAUACCCAGUCUAAAUCAGCUUGCCCAAAGGGUUCCGUCAGUUUACAACAAUUCAUUCAAGUGCUUCUUCUGCGCACUGUUUCUCUUGGGCAAUCCCCUGGAUUCAAACGACAAGACGUCGAAGACGCGUUACAGUCAUGUGUCUGUGUGUAG